AUGGCUGGAAACGGGAUCGCGCCUUGCAGCAAGGUUACUGAUGAAAAUCUUGCAGAAAUGAAAAAGUUAAUUCGAGAGUGUGAAUAUAAGCUGAAGAGUUCUACUCUUAAGAAUGUGUCUUUGCCCAAUACUGGUUCUUUCUGUUAUGAUCUACUUGAAGUGAAUCUUGAUCCAAAGAAGAGAAAAGGAACAAGUGGGCCUCUCAGUAAAGCUUUUAACAAGGAAGCUCGAGAUCAAUGUGAUGCCGAGGUUACAAGGAUGUUUUAUACAGGUGGCUUAUCAUUUAACCUUGCAAGAAAUCCGUACUAUCGAAACUCAUAUGUUCGUGCUUCUACACUUCCAGGGUAUGUUCCACCAGGUUAUAAUGCACUAAGAACCACUCUUCUGCAACAAGAGAAGAAUCACAUUGAGCAAUGCCUCCAACCAAUCAAGCGCACAUGGAGCACUAAAGGUGUAAGUUUGUGCAGUGAUAGGUGGACAGAUGCACAAAGGAGACCACUAAUUAAUAUUAUGACAACUUGUGAAAGCGAGCCUAUGUUCUUAAGACCAAUUAAUUGUGAAGGUGAAUAUAAAGACAAGCAUUGUAUUGCCAACUUUCUCACAGAAGCUAUCAAAGAAAUUGGUCAUGAAAAUGUUGUUCAAGUGAUCACUGACAAUGCUCCUGUCUGUAGAGUUGCUGGGUUACUUAUUGAGGCUCACUAUCCCCAUAUCUUUUGGACACCCUGUGUUGUUCACACUCUUAAUCUUGCUUUGAAGAGUAUAUGCUCUCCGAAACAAACACAUGUUUCGUACGAUGACUGCAAUUGGAUUUCAACCAUUGCUAGUGAUGUUUGGUCCAUCAAAAUUUUUAUGAACCAUAGCAUGAGAUUGUCCAUGUUUAAUGAACAUUGCAAACUAAAAUUGCUCUCCAUUGCCGAAACAGGAUUUGCUUCCACACUUGUGAUGCUUAGAAGAUUUAAGGAAGUAAAGAAAGGUUUACAACAAAUGGUGAUUAGCCCGAAUUGGGCUUUGUACAAAGAAGAUGAUUUGGUUAAAGCAAUGUCGGUGAAGCAAAAAAUAUUGGAUGAGUACUUUUGGGAGAAGAUUGAGUAUAUUCUUUUCUUUACAACUCCAAUAUAUGAGGUUAUUAGAAUGGUUGAUACAGAUAAACCUUGUCUUCACUUGGUGUAUGAGUGGUGGGAUACUAUGAUUGAAAAGGUAAAAGCUGCUAUCUACAGGAAUGAGCGCAAGGCAUUACAUGAAAAAAGCAGCUUUUUUGAUGCGGUGUAUUAUAGUUCAGAAUGGCUCCAAGAAGACCCUGGUCAGGUUGCUCCACACCGAGAUGUUGAGCUUACAACUGAAAGGAAAAAGUGCUUUGAGAGAUACUUUUCCAAUGAGGAAAUUAGAAGAAGUAUCAAUGUGGAGUAUGCCUGUUUCUCUAUGUGCUUGAAUGACUUUGGAGCUAUUGAUUCUAUGAAUGAAAGGUUUCAUUCGGAACCAGUGAUGUGGUGGAUUGUCCAUGGAGCUUCUACACCUAGUCUCCAAUCCAUAGCGUUGAAGCUACUUGGACAACCUUGUUCCUCCUCUUGUUGUGAAAGAAAUUGGAGCACUUAUAGUUUUAUUCACUCUCUAAGAAGGAACAAGAUUACACCACAAAGAGCGGAGGAUUUGGUAUUUGUGCAUAAUAAUCUUCGUCUUUUAUCAAGGAAUAGCUCAACCUACAAAGAAGGUAUUACUCAAUUGUGGGAUGUUGGAGGAGAUGGCUUUGAAAACUUGGGUGAAGAAAGUGUCGGGAUGCGUGAUAUUGCUAACCUUUCACUUGAUGAACCGUCAUUGGAGACUACUUUGAUUACUAGAGGAGACAUCAUGAACGUGGAAGUUGAAUGA